AUGGGGCGCGUGAAGCUGCAGAUCAAGAGGAUCGAGAACAACGUCAACCGGCAGGUCACCUUCUCCAAGCGCCGCAACGGCCUCAUCAAGAAGGCCUACGAGCUCUCCGUCCUCUGCGACAUCGACAUCGCGCUCAUCUUGUUCUCGCCGUCCGACAAACUCAACCACUUCUCCGGCCGACGCAGUAUCGAGGACGUGAUCACCAAGUACAUCAACCUCCCGGAGCACGACAGAGGAGGAAUAGUUCGGAACAGAGAGUAUCUGAUCAAGACGCUCACGCAACUCAAGCGCGAGAGUGACAUAGCCGAGCAACUCACACCCAAUAAAGGGCCAGUGGACUCCAACAUAGAGGAGCUCCAGCACGAGAUCAGGAAAUACCAGCACCAGGUGCAGGCCUUGGAGGAGCGCCUCAGGAUGUUCGAGCCGGACCUGGUGGCGCUGGCGUCCAUGAACGAGGUCGAGGCGACCGAGAAGUUCCUCAUGGAGACCCUCACCCGCGUAGAAGAGCGCAAGAAGUAUCUGCUGUGCAACCACAUGGGCCCGUUCGACCCCUCGCCCGCCGACAUGCAGCAAAGGCAUCGACGCCGCCACGUAUGGGUGCAGGUCUUCGGCCUGCUGCCGGCGCCGCCGCAGCAGCACGAGCAGCAGGGGGACAUGGGCGUCAGCGCGUUCGGGGUCGGCGGCGACGUCGUCUCGUGGUUCGCCGACGCGAUGCCGGGGGCGGGGCCGUCCAUCUUCGCCGGGCCGGACCCGAUCUUGGCCUUCAGAGACCAGGCGAUCUUCGACUCGCUGCGGCGGGACGCGGGGGUGGACCCGGGGAUGGCGGCGAUGUGCCACGUGGACCAGCACGGCGGCGGCCCCAGCGACGACUGGCAGCAGGCGUACACGUCGGCGGAGCUCCUCUCCGCGCUCAUCCCGUCCACGCCCUUCCCCCUGGACGACCAGGUGGCGGACUCGAUGGCCCCCGUGCUAGCGCCCCCGAUGGUGCCGCCGCCGCCGCACGUGCACGAGCAGGUGGAGGCGUCGGCGGGGAGCUGCUCCAACGUCCCGCCGCCGGGCGGGGACUCAGCCGCCGCCGCGGCCCAGGAGCAGCAGCACGGCCUGCCCGACGGCGCUGUCAACAUCGGCUGA